AUGUUGGCACACAUUCUCGUCGCUCUUUCUCUAUCUUCGCUCAUUAUCAAUGCACACCCUGUGCACUACUCUUCGGCAUGUUCUGCUGAGGUUACCACAGUCACUACGACAGUCACCGCUACGGCUACCGUGACCGUUUUCGAUUGUGAAACCACUACGGUACCCACCGGUCCUCCUACUGGUCCUCCCACGACGGAGUACACUAGCCCUCCUACUGAACCAACAACUACGGUGCCGACUAAUCCUCCCACCUCGGAGCCUACGCAACCUCACACCUGCUCUACGACUGAGCCCAGCAGCCCACCCACUGGUCCUACUACCACGGAGCCCAGCAGCCCUCCUUCCAGUUCUUUAACGGCGACUACGGAGUCUACGAGCCCUCCUACCAGUGCUCCCACGACGGAGCCUACUAACCCUACUACGGAGCCCAGUGCUCCACCGACGACGACGGAGCCUACGGGCCCUCCCACUAGUCCUACUACGGAGCCUACUAGCCCUACUACGGAGCCCACCAGUCCUCCUACCAGUGCUCCACCAACGACGGAGUGUACUAGCCCACCUACCAGUGUUCCACCAACGACGACGGAGCCUACUGGUCCUCCCACUAGUCCUACUACGGAGCCCUACACCCCUCCUACCAGUGCUCCACCAACGACGACGGAGCCUACGGGUCCUCCCACUAGUCCUACUACGGAGCCCUACACCCCUCCUACCAGUGCUCCACCAGCGACGACGGAGCCUACCAGCCCCCCUGCAGACUCUCAAACCACGACUGGCACGGCUCCUCCCACCUCGACGACCGGCACGGAUAACGGUGGAUGGAAUUGCAGCACUGGACCUGUUCAGUGCUGCAACAGUGUUCAGAAGGCAGACCAUCCCGAUGUCGUGAAGCAACUCGGAUUGUUGGGCAUCGUUCUUGACAGCCUUGACCUCAAUGUUGGUUUGACCUGCUCUCCAAUUUCCGUUCUUGGUGGUGGAGGUGGCUCGUGCAAGGCCCAAACUGUCUGUUGCAAGAACAACUCUUUCAACGGCGUGAUUGCUAUUGGGUGCAACAACAUUGACCUUGGUCUUAUCUAA